AUGUGGUUUUGUGGCACAGCCGCGGAGGUUUGCGAUCGAGUGGGUUGCUCUCGACCACCACCGCUUUCUGACUAUGACAGCCUCGAAGUAGUUGAGCCACAAUCGGACCAGCACGUGAACCUGGAAAGCGAUCCCGAAGCUAGUUGCUUCUGGCCCGCUCUGGUCUCAGAGCGCGGCAGUCUCGAUCUGAGUUCGGCCAUUCCGAAGGACAACGUGGAACUCUGGCGCUCCUUGCAGGGGAUGUGGUACAGACAGGGGGACAAUAUCUGCGUUGGCGAGAUUUGCGGGGCCAGUAUGCUGUGGCACGCUCACUGGAACGUUCCGGAGAAGUUCACCUGUCUGUGGCAUGGCCCAGAUUUACUUUCUUUUUGUAAUGUGGCUUGCCGUAGCCCGUUCGUUGGCCCAGUUGUUCUGUAA